CUUACUGUACUGAUGACUAUUGUGAGCAAAGGAUAGCUGGAGCAGAGAAAUAUACCUUCUAAUCAGACAGAAACUCAUUCAUACUGAAAAAUCAGCGGUCCAAAUGAUAUUAAAAGCGAAAGUAUGUAUAAUUCUCUUAGCUAUAACUACUGCAGGUGUUUUCUUUACGUUAAAUUUCAGAGAAGGGGUUUCGUUUGAGGACAUAAGGUUUCAAUACAAGGUUACAAUACGAAAAGAGCAACAUUUCUCCAACAGUAUAAAGGACGAAAACCCACUAAAUAGAUAUGUCCAGGACGAAAACUUACAAGAUAAAAUUGUACAGGACAACAUACAGGACAAAAAUACACAGGAUGAAAGCUUAAAGGACAAAAAUGUUAAGGACAGAAGUGUACAGGAUGGAAGCUUAAAGGACAAAAACGUACAGGACAACAAUACACAGGACAAAAAAACACAGGGUGGAAGCUUAAAGGACAACAAUGUUAAGGACAAAAGUGAACAGGACAACAUACAGGCCAAAAUAAAAAAGGAUGGAAGCUUACGAGACAAAAAUAUACGGGACGAAAAUGUCCUAAUUAAGAGCACACAGGGCAACCAAUGUGGUUGUAAGAAAUGUUUUUCCAAAGAUGAUAAGUUGCUCAUGAGUUGUUUCAAUCCUUCAAUUGAACCAUUUUUGUCUGUGAACACCAAGCUUUCUGAGAAUGUUUUCCAGUGGUGGAAGCGCAUACAGUAUGAAAGACGCGACUUCAGUUACUACAAAGCAACAGUGGCCAAGCUGUUUACGAUGUUUCCGUCCAUUCCUGAUCUUGGAAAGCCUAGCCCAGGCAAAUGUAGGACUUGUGCUGUCGUGGGGAAUUCUGUAAAUUUGAAAGGUUCAGGUUACGGACCUUUGAUUGAUCAUCAUGAUAUCAUUAUAAGAAUGAACGCUGGUCCAACCAAAGGCUACGAGAAAGACGUUGGGACCAGAACCACUCAUCAUGUCAUGUAUCCAGAGAGCGCUGUAGAUUUGGAUAAUUCAACUCAUCUUGUAGUGUUUGCUUUUAAAAUACAGGAUCUGGAGUGGUCCACUAAGGCCUUGACCACAGGAUUUUAUGUAAAGACAUCUAGGAAAGUAACACCAAAAAUAAAAGCUAAUAAAGAUUUGGUGAUGGUGGUCAAUCCAGCUUUUAUGAAGUACGUCCAUGAGGUUUGGAUGAAAAGGAGGGGAACGUAUCCAUCCACCGGUUUUAUGACUCUGGUUCUUGCUCUUCACGUAUGCGAUGAGGUCGAUGUGUUCGGAUUCGGAGCCGACAGUAACAGGAACUGGAGCCAUUACUUUGAGGUUUUAAAAAACAAAAAAUAUGGAACAGGACCUCAUUCUGGAACAAAUGAGUAUAGAGUCCUAAAACAGCUGGCAAAUGAAAAAACAGUCAAGCUUUAUAAAGGAUCAUGAUCUUUAUCAGACUUUAAAAAUGUCUUGGAACAUUUUCCUUAACCAGAAAUCCAUCCAAAAAGCUAAACCAGUUAUUUUUCUUCAAACGAAUAAUCCAGAAAGAUAAAAAAAAAAAGAAAUAAUAAAUAAACCUUGCAAGGCUUAAAACAAGCUAAAAAAGGUACUUUUUAAUUUUUUUUUGCAGAUAAAUGGGCUUAGAAACUUCUGCAACAUUGGUAACAUAAUUAUCAAAUUAGAGUGACACCAGCAUCAGAUCAACUGGUUAGAAAAUGAACAUAUACUUACUACAAACCUUUGUUUUUGUUUUGCUCAAAGCUACUUGCGCUAAGUUUUAUUAUAUUUUGAUCAAGACCAUUUUAUUUUCUAUUUCAUAUUCAUAUCCUCAAAGUUUUCCUAAUAUAAAUAAAUAAAUAGAAAAAGAACAAAGAAAAAAAAAUUAUAUAUAUAUCUUGCUAUAUUUUUUUUUUUAGUUGCUAACUAAGACACUUUAUUGUGCAUUAAAAUUAUUAUACAUGUAAGCUGACUUUAAAACCAACAUUUAACUUAACUCUAGUGAUUUAAAACAUACCACCUAUUGGGAUUCAGAGUUUCUCGUGUGGUAAGAUGUGUUGAAAUCUUUUGUUAUGAGUUAUUAUCUGUAAAGUAAUGAGCAGGUGCAGAUUUCCACAGACAGGUUAAUAUGAAGUAUACUUUGAUUAUCGUCUCAUAAAACACUCAUAAGUUCUGUGGAUACUACAAUGGUGAUCAACGCAGGUUCCUCCUUGUUGGUUUACAUAAUAAUUGCCUGUGAAUGUCAUUAAGUAGUAAUCUCGUUUUACUAAUUUAAGCGGUUAUAAUCUGCAUCUCCUGAAGCUAUUAAAAUAGGUUAUUAUUUAUUUUUUUACUAAAAUAAAAUAAAACUAAACACUAGAAAUAGUUAAAUAGAAUUUCCUUCGUUAUUUAGAAUUCUUUUUUUCUACACAUUUAUCAUCCUAAUAUGUUUACUUUCAAUGCCUGUGUGAAUUCUUAGAAGUUAUAAUGUUGGAAAAAGGUUUAUAAAACCACUAAUGUAUAAGGAUAUUAAUAGUUCAGUCUCCCUCUGUCUGAAGGAACAAUCAAGAGUUGAAGUGCAAAGGGGAAUCCAACAGGGUUGCCCCUUUAUUAUUUCUUUUAGCUGUAGAGUUAUUGGCUCUAUUUCUUAAGAAUAGCUAAGGUAUUGAACCAUUAAAUGCAAUAACUGAGCUUGCUGAUGAUAGCAAUGAAAAAUAGAUCUUAUAUAUUAUACAUUUUAAAUAGAUAUCCAAAGUUAUAGAUAAGAUAACAUGUUUUCUAGAGCCUCUGGAUUAUACUUAAAUAUAUAAAUAUAAAGUUAUCAAUUAGGCACCUUAUACGACAUCCCAGGGAAAAAAGAAUUAAGUGUGACCAUAACAAAGGAUUAUAACUCAAAAGAAGAUUUGAAUAUUUUGCCGGUCUUAAAGAUAACUCGUUAUUCCUGGCUACAAAGAGAUAUGUCAACAUAUGCAGGAUUUUGAUCAAAAGGGUGGAAGCUCCUCUCGAUUAACAUAUCCAGCUUUCUCUUAUAUAAUCACUUGCAUUUGUGACAUAGUGGUAUCUUAUGCGGGAGUUUUCCCCGCAACCAGUGAUGGGGAAAACUCCUGCAUCAGAUUCAGGUUUGUGGGUUCAAAUAGCGGCUCCAGAUUACAAUGUGUGCAAGAGACUUAAACUUUAUCUGGGAAAGUGGCUUAAACUGUGUGUGAAGAGAACUGAUGGUGGCCAUGAUAGUGUGUGAGUGGCAAGCAUGCGUUUUGGUGUGUGAGUGUGUAAAUUCAAUCUUUGCAAGGUAUCUCCUUUAAAUCUCAACUAUGACUCCUGUACUGUAAUGUUAACGUCUCACCCUAUUUCUCCUAAUGAAUAUUAAGAGAAUAAAAUGAGAAUAUCUUGAGACAAAAUAGAUACUAAAAUUAGGUCCAAAUGAAAAACUAAACUAUAUCUCAUGAGCCAUAGCAGAACAAACUUUGAGUAGUGAAAUUUUCCUCUGGGCAAUUGCUAGGAUAAGCUGAACUUUACUGUUUAUUACUAUUAUAAUCAGAGUAGCACAUUUCUUCAUGAUAUAUGUCACGCACUAUGGGAACAAAAACUAGGCGGUGGAUUAAAGCUGGUUGACAGAAAAUGCCAAAUGCAUUAUAACAAUCUUUGACUGGCGGUUAACUUUGGGCACCUGGACAAGGAGGUUGCAAUGAUACUUAACUGACUUCAUUUUUACAAAACAGUAUCCAGCUUUUUAAUGAGUUUCUAGGUGUGUUUGAACCUUCUGUGACAUAAAACCUCACCGUUGCCCUGGAGGUUGAUGGCUGAUGGGCUUGAUUAAAUUCUUCAAUGAAAUUUUUCAGGGCAGACAGGUUUGGGAACUUUGAAAUUCUAGAACAUACUCCGCCCUAGCUGCUAUUGGAAAUGCGAUUGUCAAGAUUUUGAUCUUGAUAAUCCUCUUAAUCAAACAAUCAAAGUUGUUUUAAUUAUAAAAUAUUGAGUCAUUUAUUCCGUUAAAAGUACUGUCUUCUUAAAGAAAUCGUGAGCUUUUGCGUCUAACAAGCAGCAUAGCAGAGUAAUAGUCAGAUACUCAAUCUACAGCUACAUUUUGUUCGUCCUGUGACCUGUCGCAUUUAUCUACUUAAUUCAAUUCUUUAAAGUGGAACCAAGUUGUCUAUGAAACGUCUGAAGCAGCUUUCUCUACCCUUUUGUAACAAUGAAAAUUCUUGAUAUUCAUUCCCUCAACGGUUGCUCUGUAGAGCAGUUUAAAACCUAAUACUUGUAAUUUGUUACCUUGAGAAUACUUCCUCAUGAGUACCUGUCUAACACCACAAAGAUAAUGAGCCCAUCCUACUAGUUUAAUGUUACAUGCUUGUCACUUUAUAGCAUAAAAAAAAAAAAAAAACACAGAGGUAACCAAGUUCUUGAACAGAUCAUUUUCCAAUUUUUUUCUUAUUUUCUAAACCCUGCUUCAAUAAAAAUGUUUGUUUAGAAAGAAGUCCAGUAUUUAGAUGUUCCUGGUGAAUGAAGAGAUGUCACUAUUAUCUUUUAGUGUGAAUCAUCAUGCAGACGUAGAUGGUUUUCCAAACCCUUUUCAUAUACAUAGAAAAUGUGUAGACAUAGACAGUACAUGAGAGACGCUGCAUUAUCCUCAUUUAUGGAAAGAUGAUUAUUUAUUCAACUGAAUAGGUGUUUACACAGUGAGGGAUUCUGCUUACUGUUCUUUUUUAUGUCUUUUUUGUGUAGCAGAAUUUUUUUCUACUUAAAUCUUUAAAACGCUGUUACAGGUCAAAUAUUUAUUCUUAUAAUAAAGCUAUAUUUAGUGUAUUUUACCUUUUAUUUCAUGUAUUUGAGUUAUUCAAAACUACUUUGUUUUUCUUUCAUUUUGU